AUGUCAACUCUUCUGGCUAUCAUCGUGAAUAAGCAUCUAAUAACAACAGCUUUUACGGUUUCUAGCACUCCCUGUACAACAAAAUCAACUGUCUCGCGUGUUUCUACCUUGCCAUCUUUAACCACAAAAGUUUCGACUAUUAUUUCGUUACCCUCUACAAUCAAAACCACUAUCUCUAGUAUUAGUUCCUCGCCUUCUUUAAUCAAAACAACGACCUCGAGUUUAAGUCCAUCACCCUCUACAAACAAAACAACAACCUCGAAUGUUAGUCCCUCAUCUUCUACAAAGAAAACAACAACCUCAAGUGUUUCUCCGUCGCCCUCUACAAACAAAACAACAACAUCGAGUGUUAAUCCCCCAUCCUCUAACAAAACAACAACUUCGAGUGUUAGUUCCUCAUCUUCUACAAACAAAACAACAACCUCGAGUGUUAGUUCCUCACUAUCUACAAACAAAACAACAACCUCGAGUACAAGUCCCUCACAAUCUACAAACAAACCUUCAGCCUCGAAUGUUUCUUCGCUUCCCUCUACAAACAAAACAACAACAUCGAGUGUUAGUACCUCAUCUUCUACAAACAAAACAACAACCUUAAGUGUUAGUAUUUCAUCUUCUACGAACAAAAAAACAACCUCGAGUGUUUCUCCGUCGCCCUCUACAAACAAAACAACAACAUCGAGUGUUAGUCCCUCACCUUAUACAAACAAAACAACCUCGAGUGUUAGUUCCUCAUCUUCUACAAACAAAACAACAACCUCGAGUAUUAGUCCCUCACCAUAUACAAACAAAACAACAACCUCCAGUGUUUCUCCGUCGCUCUCUACAAACAAAACAACAUACUCGAGUGUAAGUCCCUCACCUUCUACAAGCAAAACAACAACCUCGAGUGUUAAUCCUUCACCCUCUACAAACAAAACAACAACCUCGAGUAAAAGUCCCUCACAAUCUACAAACAAAACAACCUCGAGUGUUAGUCCCUCACCAUCUACAAACAAAACAACAACCUCGAGUACUUCUCCGUCGCUCUCUACAAACAAAACAACAACCUCGAUUGUAAGUCCCUCACCUUCUACAAGCAAAACAACAACCUUGAGUGUUAAUCCUUCACCCUCUACAAACAAAACAACAACCUCGAGUGUUAGUCCCUCACCUUCUACAAACAAAACAACAACCUCGAGUGCUUCUCCGUCGCCCUCUUUUAACAAAACAACAAUCUGGAGUGUUUCUCCGACGCCCUCUGUUAACAAAACAACAACCUCGAGUGUUAGUCCCUCAUCUUCUACAAACAAAACAACAACCUCGAGUAUUAGUCCCUCACCAUCUACAAACAAAACAACAACCUCGAUUGUAAGUCCCUCACCUUCUUCAAGCAAAACAACAACCUUGAGUGUUAAUCCUUCACCCUCUACAAACAAAACAACAACCUCGAGUGUUAGUCCCUCUCCUUCUACAAACAAAACAACAACCUCGAGUGCUUCUCCGUCGCCCUCUUUUAACAAAACAACAAUCUGGAGUGUUUCUCCGACGCCCUCUAUUAACAAAACAACAACCUCGAGUGUUAGUCCCUCAUCUUCUACAAACAAAACAACAACCUCGAGUAUUAGUCCCUCACCAUCUACAAACAAAACAACAACCUCGAUUGUAAGUCCCUCACCUUCUACAAGCAAAACAACAACCUUGAGUGUUAAUCCUUCACUCUCUACAAACAAAACAACAACCUCGAGUGUUAGUCCCUCACCUUCUACAAACAAAACAACAACCUCGAGUGCUUCUCCGUCGCCCUCUUUUAACAAAACAACAACCUGGAGUGUUUCUCCGACGCCCUCUAUUAACAAAACAACAACCUCGAGUGUUAGUCCCUCAUCUUCUACAAAAAAAACAACAACCUCGAGUGUUAGACCCUCACCUUCUACAAGCAAAACAACAACUUCGAGUGUAAGUCCCUCAUCUUCUACAAACAAAGCAACAACCUCGAGUGUUAGUCCCUCACCUUCUACAAACAAAACAAUAACCAUGAGUGUUAGUCCCUCACCUUCUACAAACAAAACAAUAACCAUGAGUGUUAGUCCCUCAUUCUCUACAACUCUAUCGAGCGUUUUUACGUUGCCCUCUACAACGACAACAACUUUUUCGAGUUUUUCUAUGUCGCCUUCUACAACCAAAACAGCUGUCUCGAGUAUUUCAUCGUCGCCAUCCCCAACCAAAACAACUGUUUUGAGUGUAAAACCUUCACCCUCUUCAACCAAAACAACCUCGAAUGUUACUCCCUUGCCUUCUACAACCAAAGCAACUGUCUCGAGUGUCUAUACCACGCUCUUUACAACCAGUACAACUAUAUCUAGUGGUCCUACAAAACCCAUUACAACUAACACUUUAACAACAAUUGGAGAUAAGGAAAUAGUUACUGUACCUAAUCAUACAGAUGUUCCAACUGAAAUACCCGUAUUUGGACCGCAAAAUAUGUUUAGGCUACAGUUUGAAAUAUCAGUUAAAAUGGAUACAAGUGGUUUUAAUAACUUCAGUCGGGAUUACCUUAUCGAAAAGUUCAGUCGAUACGUAUUUGACGGCUUUAGGGGCAUUGUUAUUCUAAAUGUCAGAAAGACCAAUUAUACUAUUGAUAUCAAUGCAGACAUCAUUGUUGGCAAAUUUCGAGAACAAAAUAUAUCAGUUAAGGCAUUACCUGGAUUAAUUUCAAAGAAUUUUCGAGGAAACAUAGAUCACAUAAGUUCUAGUUCCUAUGAAGUGUUUGAUACAUCCAUGGAAAUCCAAGAGAGUCUGGAACACCAAACAAAUGAUUUGACAGAGUGUAAAGCCACGGGAAAGCUUUGUACCUUGGGUUACAGUUGUGCUGUGUCCCCUGCGGACCACUACACCGGGGUAUGUGUGCAUCAAUGUGACCUUGAAGAUAAACCAUGUAAUAACAGGGGAUAUUGCUUUUUUGACACAGUUCUCAGCCAGACAGCUUGUAGGUGUCAGAGGAGUCUUGUGACCAUGUACUACGGACCUCAGUGUGAGGAGAGAACAGGGACUGUGGAGUUUGUUGUUGGUUUGUCUGUUGGUGGUGGAGGAGGCCUUAUACUUGUCAUCAUACUUAUCUUGUGUUGUAGGCGAUCCUGUAAGGAUGAACAAGAAAAAAGUAAAAAGGGGGAUUAUUUCGCUACGAGUAAACUCGACAUGAGAGACUUUACCUCUAGUCUACGUCUGACAGAAGACUCACAGAAUUUAUAUCGAUAUACAGGUACUCCAGGAGUUACUAAUCAGGGUGAAGAGUACAAACCACCUGGACUCAGCAGACCAAGAGAGAGGGGUCAAAAUAUAUUACAAAGGGACACUAAUGCAGACCAGGGAUACGCCGGUGGAAGUAUCAAAAUAAUGUCGUGGAACAUUCAAGGUUUGACAACACAGAAACUUGAAAACAAAGAAUUAAGUGAUUUAUUGGGAAAUAAUAUGCCUACAAGAAACUUGGACUAA